AUGUUGCUUUUUGUGCGCCGAGCUGGGUCAUCGUCAAGCUUCUUGCCCGAAGACGGGACACAUACCUUUGUUGCUCGUGACCCCUUGUCCAAUCCCAAUGGUCCCUUGGACCAUGACCUUUUUCUACUGUGUGAAAGAGAAACAGUGAAGUUGCUAAGGAAUCAUCCGUGCCUUACUCUGUGGGUUGGAGGUAACGAACAAACUCCACGCGAUGAAGCUCUAGAAGAGGAUUUACGACUUCAUCCCCUUUUUGAAAGUUUUACCAGCUAUAACAAUUGCGUGGAAGAGAUUAACCUAAAAGUGAAGGACCCAAGCACAUAUUUGGAUGGAACUCGUGUUUACAUUAAAGGUCUUUGUGGGACGAAUUUUCUGAUGGGAAAGGGAGUUUUAAGGAUGGCCCUUAUAAAGUCCAAAACCCUGGGAACUUCCUCAGGACAAAUUUUCCAUUAUGGAUUCAAUCCUGAGGUUGGUUCUGUGGGGAUACCUGUGGCGGAUACCAUCCAGACUACAAUGCGCUGA